CUUUGAUUUUUUAUUUGAUUUUGCUGCCAGUAACGACCUUAAAUUUUACACUAAAUAUAUCCGAAACAUUUGCAUGGACAACAGCCGCUACUCAGGGCUGCGGGACGCAAUAAUAAGCGAGGUUGGCGGCAUAGACAGCGCAGUGGGCUUGCUGGUUGCGCGGUUUGAAGACUUUGCAAGUGUGCAGGGGAAAGAUCGGCGACAAACAGCGACAUCACCGGCGGGCGUCAUUCUCAGUGGAAUUCCUGGCAGCGGGAAGACAAGGCUGGCGUUGCAGUUUGCACAGAGCACGGGUCUUCAGUUUGAAACUGUGAGCUGCCCUGACCUUUUUUUUGCCGACCAGGGCAAAAGCGAGGCGCGUCUGAUCGAAUGCUUUGCCGACACAUGGGCAACAACUGCUUCUCCUGGCACCCUGAAAGUCCUCGUUCUCGAGGAUAUUGAUGUGCUGUCUGGAUCGAAGCGGCCCGAUACGGUGGAGGCGCGCAUGUUCUCGCUGCUGCUCGACUGCAUUGACACAUCUGGCGAUGUGUUUGUUGUCGGCACGACCAGCAUGCUGACCGCGAUUCCUGAGGAGAUCAAGCGCUCGGGGCGGCUGGACACAAUAAUCGACACGCAUCUGGCCGAUGUAGCUGCUCGGUCUGCGGUUUUGCAAAUUAUGCUGCGAAAGUUUCCCAACGUCCCGUCAGCCGGGGACAUUGACAGAAUCGCCAAAACAGCGCACGGGUUCUCUGCGGCCGACUUGCAGAGCCUGUGCCUGCGCACAUUCAUGGACCACAAGGACGCAACCACAGCCGAUGAUCUGGUGCGCAUGGCGUCUGAAGUCAAGCCAUCCAACCUGAGCUCUCUUCAGUCAAAGAUACCCCGUGUGCUAUUUUCCGACAUCUUUGGUCUGGACGAAGUUGUCCGGCGCGUGCAGUCGCUGGUUGUGGAUCCGCUGAUGCACGGCGAGAAGUACCGCGAGAUGCAUGUUGAGCCGCCGCGGGGCGCGCUGAUUUAUGGGCCGCCAGGAUCGGGAAAAUCAAUGCUUUGUUGCGCUGUUGCUAACGAGCUGGCAGUUAACACAAUUUGGGUCGACGCGUCGCAGAUGCGCUCGAUGAUCGUUGGCGAGUCCGAAAAGGCCAUUGCGGAUUUGUUUUCGCAGGCGCGGAAGAGCGCGCCCUGCAUUCUUCUGUUUGACCAUAUCGAUGCGCUGGCUCCAAAGCGCGGAACCAGUCAGACGACGGAAAACACGAGCGACCGGAUUGUGACCAGUUUGCUUGUUGAAAUGGACGGGUUCAAUGCAAAUUCAGGCAUGCAGCCAUUUUCUCCUAGCGUGUUCGUUCUAGCCGUGACCAGUCGACCACACGUAGUUGAUUCUGCUCUACUGCGGCCUGGCCGGUUGGACGUUCGCAUUGGGCUGGGGGUACCAGACGCAAAGCAACGCGAGGCGAUAUUGGUCGGUUACAUGGCUAAGACCCAGACAACAGCCGAUGUGCGCACGAAUGACGCAUUCAUUGGCAUGCUGGUGGAGCGGACUCACGGAUACACAGGUGCUGACAUUGCGAAUCUGUGUCGCGAAGCCGCGCUGACUGCGCUACGGAGAGACAUUGGGGCUGAGAUGGUUACCGGGGCCGAUUUUUUAAAGUGUCUGGAUGCAGGUCUGCGAUAGUCUGCGUAGCCGCGGGUUUAGGAAUUCUAGAAAUUCAAUAAAAUUGUUGAGCAAUAAUGAUCAUCAUUCACCCAGGUAAAAAAUUUACUUGGGGGUGGUAUUCUCGCGUCUGCAGCAACAGAUGAUUGAUAAUAUCCCAGAAAAGAUGGAGAAGCGCAAGAUAAGGAAAAAGGAAAAAGGAAAAAGAAAUAAAACAAGGUCAAUAACAGAAAAAUAUAUUUACAAAUUUUAAAAUUGUCGGAAAAAUGAGAGAUAUUAG